UUUUCAUCCAAAUGCUGUCGGAUCAAAGUAUGACCGAGAGACAGCGCGUGUUGUACGAUCAAGUCAAUGCGAGUGAAUCUCUCGAUCUGAAUCAAGAACAGAUUGGCGAUGCCGGUGCGCGUGCGAUUGCCGAGGCACUCAAGGUGAACAAGACGCUGACUAGUCUCAAUCUGGGCUGGAAUCAGAUUGGCAGUGAUGGUGCGCAGGAGAUUGCUGAGGCGCUCAAGGUGAACACGACGCUGACGAAACUAUAUCUGGAAUCGAACGAGAUUGCCAAUGCAGGCGCUCUGGCGAUUGCCGAAGCACUCAAAGUGAACAGAACGCUGACUGAGCUCUAUCUGCGUGAUACUCGCAUCGGCGGCGCUGGAGCGCAGGCCAUUGCUGAAGCCCUCAGAGUGAACACGAAGCUGACACUGCUCGAUCUGGAAGUCAAUCAGAUUGGUGAUACUGGAGCGCAGGCGUUUGCUGAAGCCCUCAAAGUGAACACGACGCUGUCUUGGCUCUUGUUGUGGCAGAAUCAGAUUGGUGAUGCAGGAGCGCUGGCGAUUGCCGAAGCUCUCGAAGGGAACACGAUGCUGGAAUAUCUGUUUCUGGAAGCCAAUCAGAUUACCGAUGUUGGAGCGCAGGCCAUCGCCGAGGCGCCCAAAGUGAACACGAGGCUGGAAAUUCUGUAUCUGGAAGUCAAUCAGAUUGGUGAUACUGGAGCGCAGGCCAUCGCUGAUGCGCUCAAAGUGAAUACGACGCUGACUAGUCUCACUCUGCAAGGUAAUUGCAUUGGCAAUGUUGGUGUUCAAGCGAUUGACGAGGCGCGCAAUGUCAACGACACCAUUGAGGUUUCCAUCGACGGCCAGAUGCACCCUCUCUCCUUUUCCUUGCUUCCACGGUCGGCAAGUGCUGAAGACAUUCAGAGCGUGUUUCGCUUGCUCAUCAGCGGACUGCAGCUGCAAGAUCAAUCCGCAUCUCUACCUGCACUACCAAUCGAGAUUGCCGAGCGCAUCAUGGACGAAGCGUAUUAUUGGCAAGGCGUGCAGCAUACCAAUCGAGACUGCGAUGAUGAAGAUGAUGACCCGAACAGAAUUCUGAAAGUCACCGUUCCUAGGAGCAUCACUGGAGAUUCAAUCCGCGUCAAAGCAAUUCACGUGCUUCGCGAGCGUCUUGGUGCCACAACUAGCAACGUGUUUGAAAUCAUUGUCCGAGAUGAGCAAGGUGCUGUUCGGUACGAGUACGCUGCAAAACCGACCUUUGUCGAUGGGACUAUUGAGCUUGUGACAAGCUGGCCACAGAGUCAUUCCAUCGUCCGACAGAUGCGCGAGGGUUGGGAAGCUUCCGUUCGACCCAGCCGGUUGAGCAAGGACGUGCGCUUCGCAUGGCUGUAUGUUGGAUACUGCGCGUUUAAUGAAAACCAAUGAAGUCUUACGAAACGCUCUC